AUGGUUCACCGCGGCGACAGUAGCCUACUGGAUGUCAAGAUUGCCGACUUUGGCCUCUCCAAGGUAAUUGCCGAGGGCGCCUCCCUGGCCAAGACUGUCGCGGGAACGCCCCAGUACUGGGCCCCCGAGGUCAGGGAUGUUCAGGCGUGCGGCGGCAGCUACAGCCAGGCGGCCGACCUCUGGAGCCUGGGUGUUGUGCUGUUCGUGAUGCUCUGCGGGAAGUACCCCUUCGACGGCCACAAGUUGUCGUUGCAGGAGCAGGUCCAGAGGGCCUCCGUCAACAUGGGGAAGCGCGGGAUCUCCGACGAGGCCAAGGACCUGGUCCGCGGGCUCUUGAAGGUGAACCCCUCGGAGCGGCUUCGACUGGAAGGUUGCUUCUGCCACCCCUGGUUCACCGGCGCCGGCCAGCUCCAGAACCUGUCCGAGGCCCACCCAGGCUCUCCUCAGAGCGCGGGCCGCCGAUUCGACUCGCCCGGGCCCCUCGGCGCGCACCAGGGCAUGGACGGCGUGCGCCAAGGCCUCACGCCGGUGGUGGAGGAGCGCAACGCCAGCGGGGGCUCCUCGCUGGCGCAGAACGGCGACGAGCGCGCCAGCCGGGGCUCCUCUCGGCGCCCCUCGCCAGGCGUGCGCGGGGCCAGCGGCAACUCCUCGACGGCGUCCUUCUCGUGCGCGCCCUCGGGCGCCUCCGGCGGUCGGGCCUCCCCGCCCUCGGCGGGAGCGAGACGAGAGGCAUCAUCCGACGAGGCCGACGCGGAGGACUCGCCGCGCGGAUCCUCGUGGAGACGACGAUGUUGGUGUUGGCACCGCAAGGGAGGGCCAGGGCUCGUGCUCUCCGGCCCGCCUGGCCUCUGGUGGCUCGCGCUCGUGCAGCUGCUGCUGGUGGUUUAUAUGCUGUGGCCGACCAGGCGAGCCUGGACUCCGCGGGACGCCCAAGGCGAGGAGCGGGCCAUGCCGCUGGCGCCCAGGCAGGAGGGCCCCAUCUUCGAGGUGCGGGUGCAGCCGACGCCCGCCCCCAGGCCCAGCGGCGAGAUCUCCUGCGCCGUGGCGCCCAGCCCGCCGACCCAUGACCCUCACUGGCAGGUGCCCGUGGUGCCGAUGCACAACCUCGGCUCCGAGGUGGAGUGCAAGAAGAAGGAGGUGUUCAGGCGUCUGCAGGAACUGCUGUCGAUGGAGAUCACAGUUGUCUUCUACAUGCACAUGGGCUCCCUUGUCCUGUUGGACACGGACCCGCACAUAGCCGAGACAAUGCAGCAGAUCUCCCAAAACCUCCGGGACGAGCUUCAGCACAAGGCACAUGUAAUCCAUUCGCGAAUUCUGCCUACCACGUGA